AUGGACCAGUGGACAUUUGUCCCUGGCGGUACAGAAGCACCUGGAAAACCAGUCACCACCAUCACUGGCCCGGCCUUGAGUAAGUCGGUCCAGGCUGAGGAGAUUUCAACGGCCAUGGCUGUGCGCAGCCGGGCCGACGAACAGCAAAUGGGACUACGUACGAACCUUGAGCUGGGCCAUGCAAUGCAGUCGCGCAUAGACAGACCCCUCUUCAGCAAUUCCGAGAGGGAGCAGCUGAGACUGAUGAACCACUACUGCCUCCACGUUUCGGGGUCUAUAUCUAGCAUGUUCACGCCUCAGACACCUUCGCUCUGGACGGAAUGGAUCACCGGCUUGGCUUUCGAGAACGACUACCUAUUGCACUGCAUCUUGAGCAUCAGUGCACUACAUAUGGCCCUGAAGAGCGCUGCUCCGAGAGAUCAGAUGGUGAUCGCCAGCCGCCACCAUGGACUCGGGAUUACCCUCUUCCAGCCAUACCUUGCCAAUCCUGCGCUUGGAGACUACGACUCGGCGCUCACCUUUUCCUACUGCGUUACCCUCUAUGCCUUCGGCAUCCAUUUCCUGUAUCGCCUCGACACGAAUCUGAUUUCUACAUUCAUUGACAUCAUGUUUCUCAUUCACGGGUGUAGGGCACUGGUCGCCUCAAGUAUGGAAGAGAGAAGGACUAGCCGAUGGGUGGAGCUAAUCUUGGCUAAACCCGAUGUUCCCCAGCAACUACCAGAGGAGGUAGAAGAUAUGCUGUGUAAACUUUUAGAGCACACUGCUUCAAUCGACUCACAGGUACUGAAGGGAAUGUAUGUCUCGGCCCUUGAUGCCCUGAGACUCAAUCACGCGAUUGCAAUCUCAUAUGGGCAUUCUCUCAAGACAGUUGCAACGUUUGCAGUCAUGAGCCCGGCCGGGUUCUGGCCGCGAGCCCGCCAGGGAGAAGCCUUGGCGCUUGCCAUUCUGGCCAACUAUGCGGUGAUUUUGCAUAGCUAUCGAGGGAGUAUUUGGAUACAAGGAUGGGCCAAGGCUGUUGUAGACGCUGUCCGUCAAGCGCUACCACAUGAGUGGCAUAGUUGUAUUUCAUGGGCCAUUGCAGAAACAAACAACAGUCGCGGGACGGCUGAAAUCAUGGCGCUUGGGUGA